AAAAACAUAUCACUGAAAAGAAAAUAUCGAAAAAACAAUGUCGGAGUACCGAUCUCGGGACUGGGUCCACUGGCACAUGGGCGAGCUGGCUGCGCGCGUGGUGGCAGAGUCCGGGAUACCCACCGACCGGUACCACCUGGGGAAACUCGUGCUGAGGAGCCUCCAGGAUGACCCGGACUUUACCAUGCAGAUAGACGGCGCGACUGGCGGCUCGAUCACGAACGGCGAGAUCAUGAGGCUGUCGAUGGCGUGCGCGACCAGCUACCGCAACGUGGGCGUGGGGCUGGGCGACGUGGUCGCGAUCAUGAGCCCCAGCAACCUGCACCUGUCCGUGCCCUUCUACGCCGGACUGUUCACGGGCGUCGUGAUCGCGCCCGUUGAUAGCACCCUGGGUGUACCGGAAAUCGUCAACACCUUCAACAUAAUACAGCCAAAGAUGAUAUUCUGUACGGGCAAUAGCGCCCCGAACAUACAACUGGCUCUCAACGAGAUGGAGUCCAACGCCACUAUAGUCACGUUCGACAAGAGCGACUACCUCUGCAGCCUGGAGGAAUUCAUAGAGAAAUACGGUGACACGGAUGAAGAGUUCAAGGUAACAGACUUUGACGCUACCGAUGCUUCGGUUCUGCUGAUAUCCACCAGCGGCACGACCGGCCUGCCCAAAGCCGCGGAAACCACACACAAGAACUUUGCCAUUUCAAUAGCAUAUCAAUGGGCCCAGCACCAAAAGUUCCCCAGUCCAGUGCGCAUGACUCUGAUCGGCGCGCCGCUGCAGUGGCUGACCAGCAUCUUCCAGUACAUCUCCACUCCCAUCUUCAGGAUCACCCGGCUGGAGUCCUCCGUACCUGUCACUGUGGAUCUCGCCUGCGAGCUGAUUAACAAAUACAAGCCAGCGUACACAAUAUUGAGUCCAACUAUAAUGACGACGCUCGUGAAGACGCGGAAGGACUGCGAGUUGACGUGCUUCAAGCAGAUGCUGCUGGGCGGAAGCGCCGUCUCUAAUGAUCUAUUUUUCAGAUUACAAGAAGUGACGCCACACACCCUGCUCUGCAACGGCUUCGGUAUGACGGAGCUGUGCGGGCUGGGGCUGCAGGGCAUCAUGACGGAUAGAGGCAACUUCUUGACUGCUCUAGGGUGUUUUCAGUACCGGAUAGUAAAUCCUGAAACACACGAAGAGAUUUUAGAACCAAACGUACCUGGAGAAUUGUGGUUGAAGGGGCCUACUAUAUUUAAGGGAUACUAUAGAAACGAGGCUGCAACACGGGAGACGUUUUCCGGAGACGGCUGGUUUAAGACGGGGGACAUGUUCGUGAGAGACGAACGCUGGUACUACAGCUUCGUCGAGCGAAUCAAGCUGCUGCUUAAAUAUAAGAGCUAUCAGAUAUCACCAGUGGAAGUGGAGAACGUGAUCCGCAAACACCCUGGAGUACUGGACGUGGCGGUGACCGGCAUCAGGGACGACGAGUGCGGCGACCUGCCCGUCGCCUGCGUCGUGCCCAGACCGGGGUUCGACACCACCAUCGCCGCGGAGAUCAAGGACAUCGUUAAAGCAUCUUUAUCUGACGCCAAGCAACUGAGAGGCGGUGUAGUAUUCUUGGAUGCCAUACCAGUGACAGCUACCACCAAAGUCCACAGGAGAAAGUUGAAAGAGCUGGUGCAAGUGUUGGACAAAUAUUAGAUGAAUUUCCACUGGGUGUGUUCCUUUACUGUACCAGUAUACGGUCAAGUAAGGUUUGACUAUUUGUUUGGUUACCAAGACGUCAGAUCUCAUUGAAGAGUAUACUGGACUA